GUUGGUACAGAGGUUAUACACUACGAAAAAAAUCCAAGAAAGGCAUAUUUCCUGCCUCAUAUAUCCAUCUUAAGGAAGCAAUAGUUGAAGGCAAAGGGCAACACGAAACAGUUAUACCCAAUGAGCUCCCCUUGAUUCAGGAGGUUACCACAACGCUGCGGGAAUGGUCCAUAAUAUGGCGACAGUUGUAUGUUCAAGAUAACAGAGAAAUGUUUCGCAGUGUACGGCACAUGAUAUAUGAUCUUAUUGAGUGGAGAUCUCAAAUACUGUCUGGGACACUACCGCAGGAUGAGCUCAAAGAACUGAAAAAGAAGGUGACUGCCAAAAUUGAUUAUGGCAACAGAAUUCUAGAUUUAGAUCUGGUCGUUAGAGAUGAAGAUGGCAACAUUUUGGACCCAGAGCAGACCAGCACAAUCAGCCUUUUCAGAGCACAUGAAAUAGCUUCUAAACAAGUUGAAGAGAGGCUACAGGAGGAAAAAUCUCAGAAACAGAAUAUCGAUAUCAACAGACAAGCCAAGUUUGCUGCCACUCCUUCAUUUGCUUUAUUUGUAAAUUUAAAAAACGUAGUCUGUAAGAUAGGAGAAGAUGCUGAAGUUCUGAUGUCUCUGUAUGAUCCUCUGGAAUCAAAAUUUAUCAGUGAAAACUACUUGGUGCGAUGGUCUAGCUGUGGACUCCCUAAGGAUAUAGACAGACUGCAUAACCUUCGAGCAGUAUUCACUGAUCUGGGUAGCAAAGACCUGAAAAGAGAGAAAAUCAGUUUCGUCUGUCAGAUUGUGCGAGUGGGCAGGAUGGAGCUGAGGGACAACAACACGAGAAAGCUAACCUCUGGGCUGCGGCGACCUUUUGGAGUAGCAGUAAUGGAUGUUACCGACAUAAUCAACGGAAAGGUUGACGAUGAGGACAAACAGCACUUCAUACCAUUUCAGCCGGUGGCAGGGGAGAAUGAUUUCCUUCAGACUGUUAUAAACAAAGUGAUUGCUGCUAAAGAAGUUAACCACAAGGGUCAGGGUUUGUGGGUGACUUUGAAACUUCUUCCAGGAGAUAUUAAUCAGAUUAGGAAAGAGUUUCCACAUUUAGUGGAUAGGUCGACAGCCGUGGCUCGGAAAAUGGGGUUUCCUGAGAUUAUUAUGCCUGGUGACGUUCGUAAUGACAUCUAUGUGACAUUGGUUCAGGGCGACUUUGACAAAGGCAGUAAAACAACGGCCAAGAAUGUAGAAGUUACAGUGUCUGUUUACGAUGAAGAUGGCAAAAGAUUAGAGAGUGUUAUUUUUCCUGGUGCUGGUGAUGAAGCCAUCUCAGAGUACAAGUCAGUCAUAUAUUAUCAAGUAAAGCAGCCUCGCUGGUUUGAGACCGUAAAGGUCGCAAUCCCCAUUGAAGAUGUGAACCGCAGUCAUUUAAGGUUCACGUUCCGUCAUAGAUCAUCACAGGACUCCAAAGAUAAAUCUGAGAAAAUAUUUGCCCUGGCAUUUGUGAAGCUCAUGAGAUACGAUGGAACAACUUUGAGAGAUGGAGAACAUGACCUUAUAGUUUACAAGGCAGAAGCAAAGAAGCUGGAGGAUGCCUCUACGUAUUUAAGUCUGCCAUCCACUAAAAUAGAAUUGGAGGAAAAGGGACACUCUGCAACAGGGAAGAGCAUGCAGAACCUUGGGAGCUGCACCAUCAGCAAAGACUCUUUCCAGAUUUCUACUCUGGUUUGUUCAACAAAACUUACCCAGAAUGGUAAGUUCACGGAACUGCUGGAGCUCCUUGCAGUUGGAGUGGGAUCGUAUGCACUGACCUUCCUGCCUUCUCCAUUCCUCUGA